AUGGGGCGCUCCGGUAGGGGCUCUGCGGGGGUCUUUUCGCCGGGACCUGGGCACGAGAGAAGGCCGGAGAAGGGGACGGGGGUUUGCCUGCCAAUCACGGCCCGCCUUUCUCCGUCCGCCCUGUCCAAUCACAGCCGCCCUUUCAAACCGGAAGCGGUCCCGCCAAUCUCAGCCCGCUCAGUCGCGGCUCGCCGCCUCAGACUGGCCCCGCUCGCCCGUACGCCUGAGGCGCCGCUCCCGCCACCGCCGCUUUGGGAGCCGGCGGAGCAGCGUCCCCGCUGCCGCUGCCUCGGCAGGCGCUGUUGCGGACGGGAAGGGCGGCCGGGAGCUUCCAGUUCAGGUCCUGGUCGGGAUCAGGUUCUGGUCCAGGGAAGCGGGCAGGCGGCGGGGAGCGGGCGGACACGGCCACAGCAAUGGCGGCGGCGGGAGCAGCGCUUGAGGGGACCGCGGGGAGUCGCGGAUCCGAGCGCGGCGGGAAUUGGCGGGCUGGGAUUGGUGGAGCCGGCAGGCGCUGCUUCGGGUUGUGAUUGGCUGGCUGUCCGCCCGUGGGGCAUAAAUAGCGGGCGUUGGGGCGGCAGCGCCGUCAGUUCGGCGGUGAAGCUGGGAGCGACGGGAGCUGUGGAUGCGCGGUCCGAGGAGCGGCGCUGCGGCAGGACGGGACCCCCGCGGCAGCUGAUCCGGGGAGCGCCGCCCCAAGGUGCAGUGAGAAGCAUGAGCAGCUUUUAGCUGCAGCCAGUAGGAAGCUGAGGAGCUGGAGCUGAGGCAGCAGAGCUGGAGGAGACAGAAAUAUGGUAGGGUUUGAUGUAAAACCUCUGUGGGGCUGGGAUAGGGAUUGUGGAGUGGGGAGGUGAACUGCAUGGUUGGAAUUGAAAUUGCUGUGAGGGCUGUGAUCUGAGCUCAAGAACUAGAGCUAAA